AUGUCAAAAGAACCAUCUAAAGAUGUGACCUACACCAACUGGCAUUCUGGACCCCUGGCAGCUGACAAAGCCAUUAACCUCGUUAAAGUAGCGUACCCACGCUUAAAGGUCAGCCAGCUGCAUGACCCAGAGGUCAAUGCACUGAACGUCCCCGUGACGUCAUUAGGCCACGCCCCCACGCUUAGAGGUCAGCCAAUGAGAAGAGGCCACGCCCAGUGUAUCAGCGCGAGAGAUAUAUUCCAGCUGUACUCGUAUGCCCUGUCUCACGAGCUGACGUUUCAAGAUGUACAAGAGCUAUCUCCCGCUUUGUUGUACUCCAUGAUGAAAACUGACUGUAAUCAAACUAAAAGUAACAACACUAGUCAUGAUGAGGGAAGGGUUCGACCACAGCCACUCGCAGUGUGGGGUUUCGGUUUUCUGUUUGUGACGGUGAUCAGCUUGUGUUCCCUGAUUGGGGUGAUCGUCUUGCCGUGUAUGAAGAGAUCCAUCUAUCGUCUCGUCCUCGUCUACAUGGUGGCGUUAGCUGUGGGCAGUCUGGCUGGAAGUGGACUCUUGUUUCUUAUACCAGAGGCAUUUGGUCUGGUUGGUCAGGAUGACCACAUGGGUUACAUUUGGAAGGCUACGGCCAUCAUGGGAGGAAUCUAUCUCUUCUAUCUGACCGAGCGAAUCAUGCGCAUCCUCGUCACUUGGAGAGAGCGUAAAAUGAAGAAAGGUCAAAUACAAGACAACAUGGAUGAUGGUUCUGAUGGGUUGAUGAAUGCUAUUUGCUCUGUGAAGAAGAAAACUCCGGAGGGGGAGAACACUAAAAUCUUCAAGGAACCGAACAGAAUGCCGCGGAACAUCUCGACGUGCACGGGAAAGGAGCUGAUGGAGGACACCAGUGAUGACUCCAUCGAUGCUAUCGACAGCAGGAGCAAGCAGAAGACAUUGGAAGGAGAAAGGACAUCUUGUAAGGAAACUCCGGAGGGGGAGAACGCUAAAAUCUACAAGGAACCAAACAGCAUGCCGCGGAACAUCUCGACGUGCACGGGACAGGAGCUGCUGGAGGAUAACAGUGGUGCUAUCGGUAGUAGGAGCAAUCAGAAGACAUUGGAAGGAGAAAGGACAUCUUGUGUAAAAGAACGAAAAGAACCAGAGGUGAUGAGUGGUGAAGUGAGGUAUGAGUUGGGUGAGACAAAGAAAACCAUUAAGCCAGUGGCGUGGAUGAUCAUAUUUGGAGACGGUCUGCACAACUUCAUCGACGGUUUGUCUAUCGGAGCGGCGUUCACGGAGAACAUUCUGACUGGAAUCAGUGUGUCGGUGGCCGUUCUCUGCGAGGAACUGCCUCAUGAACUCGGAGAUUUUGCCAUCCUACUCAACUCUGGAAUGUCUCUGAAGAAGGCGUUGCUAUUCAACUUCCUGUCGGCCUGCACGUGUUUCCUGGGCCUGGUGUUUGGUAUUCUACUUGGGGGCAUGGCUGGAGCUCAUUACUACGUGUUCGGAGUGGCCGGCGGAAUGUUCCUCUACAUAUCACUGGCAGAUAUGAUGCCAGAAAUGAAUGCUGCCGAAAUUACGAACGACAAAUCGUUGGGAACAAUGACGAUAUUCAUACUACAAAAUCUUGGACUUCUUUCUGGCUUUAACUUAAUGCUUGUCAUGGCAGUGUACAGUAGUGAGAUCCAGUUUUAAUGAUAUUUUAAGUAUUACAUGGAACUCAACAAUUGUCAAAUCAUUUAGACAGGUAUUGCAUAUUACACACUUGUCUUCAUUGUAGUCAAUUAUAUAAUAUAUAUAGGAUGGUAAAGCAAGGCUCGCACUGAAAUGAAUUUUGGUUUAGCCAAUUUUCAGAAUAUUUUCUUGCAAAUGAUUAAAAUGUAGUUAAAAUUUAAGGAAUAUUUUAUAAGACAAAGACUAAAUGUUGUAGCCACUUUGUAUAAAAAUUACCAAUUGGUUAAUUUGGCAACGUACAGGAAGAGCCCUGGUAAAAUUAUUGGCAAAAAAAAAAAAAUGACUUUGUGCUAAAUUGGCUGUGUAUGUCUCUAAAUCGAUAACGAACAAAAUAAUUAGUCGCUGGUUGUUUUCAAAUCUCUGGUUCAUUUGGUCUCAUAGAACACUUUUAUUUUGUAUUUAUUUACAUCCAAAAUGUCAUUUUCGAUUUGUCUUAUUUGAGGUACAAUUACAUUAUAAUAUAUUUAAGUGUGUGUUUUAAAAACAUUCACCUGUUUUAGUUUUAUUUAUUGUCUCCUCUUACUGCAGUAAAAAGGUGAGAAAUACAGGCACCGAAAUAAGCAAGGUUUUGGUAACUCAUGUACAGGUUACCACCAAGUACAGACCUGGCUCUAAUAGAGUCUGAGACACUAAUGUUAUGACAACGCCAUGCAAGUUAUAUGCGUGUGACGUCAUUUGAGAUUGAGUCUGGACUCUAAACGUUUUAUAAGCACGGUCCCUGGUAACCUAUACAUUUGUAUUUCCAUUAUUAUUAUUAUUACUACGCCCAAUAGCCAGUUUGUAUUUCCAUUAUUAUUAUUAUUACUACGCCCAAUAGCCAGUUUGUAUUUCCAUUAUUAUUAUUACUACACCCAAU